AUGGCCGAAACUAUCCGCAUUGGCUACGUGCCUGAACACUACCUGGCGCCUCUCCACCUCGCACUGCGCUCUCCGGCGAUCGCCUCCCUCCCUUUCAAGAUCGCUCUGACCCCAUUUCCAUCCGGGACUGGGCACAUGAUCACCUCGCUUCGCGGAAAUGAAAUCGACAUUGCCAUCGGCCUGACUGAAGGCUGGGUCGCCGGCCUCGCGGGUAAGCAGCAAUCCAGCCAGAGCUCUGGAGACGGCGGGUACAAAGUUGUUGGUCACUGGGUGGACAACCCAUUGCGCUGGGCUAUUGUCACCGGCCGCAAUCGCGAUGAGGUGAAUGGAGUGUCCGACUUGAAGGACUCGAGAGUCGCAAUCAGCCGGCCGGGAAGUGGUUCCCAUAUUAUGUCUUUUGUUCUUGCUCAGCAGCAAGGCUGGAAGGCUGAUUCAUUAAGUGCUGUUCCUCUCGGUCCUUUCGGUCCCCUCCGAGAGGGAGUCUCUGGCCUGAGUGAAUCGAAUGCCAACGAAAAGGCGAACCCAACAGCAGAGUUCUUCAUGUGGGAGGAAUUCACUACAAAGCCAUACUUUCACCCUACCGCCGAGAAGCCAAGCCCACCACUCAAAAAGAUCGGAGAGAUCUUCACUCCUUGGCCCUCUUGGAUGGUCGUUGCGUCCACCAGACUGUUCCCUGAUCCUGAAAAUGAUCAGCGACUGAAGAGCCUGUUCCAAGUCUUUGACCAGGGUAUCAAAGACUUCGAGGCUGACACCGCUCAGAUCGUCAAGCUUUUGGGAACCGGGGAAUUGGGCUGCAAUUAUAUCGAGGAAGAUGCAAAGGAGUGGCUGAAGGAUGUCAAGUUCACCAACCGUACCCGUGGCGUCGAUGACAAGAUCAUCAGAGACGUGGUGGACGUACUGAAGGUUGCUGGUGUCAUUGACUCUGCCUUGACCAGUGACGAGGCUGUUCAACGAGUCAUCGGCAUUAAGAGGUAG